AUGAAAUUUUUAAUUUUUUCCUUGUCUGUCUUUUUAUCUUUGGCUUAUACUUUUUGUGCAGCACAAAAUGACCCGACAUUUUGUAAAAACACUCAUAGGGGAGUUUUGAGAUAUCAUCAAAAGAAAGAUAAAAAUGGAUACUUUACUGUGUCAGCUGUUUUGAAAAGUGACACUCUGGAGUUAUACAAAGGAUCUAAAUUUUUCGAUAGCAUUGAUCUGACAGAAGUAAUAACUCCGCUAACGAUUUUUUCAACAAGCCCUGAAUGUUUGACGAUUAAUAUUAUUAACAAAAACUCAGUACUUCUAUGCUGUAACACAGAUGAUUGCAUAAAUAACUGGUGGCUAUUCUUAACAAAACAAAUCCUUUGCCUUAACCAAGGAGAUAUGAGGAGCGAAAAUGAAGACAAAACAAUCGAAGAUGAACAACACAAUAUCUUAAACAAUGACAAUUUCGAUGGAAUUUCCGUUAAUAUACAACAAAAUCUUGAGGAUUUUCCAAAUGUGUCCAUAAAAGCGCAAUCAUAA